AUGAAAAAUAUUACUUUUCCGCUUCAAUUAAAUUAAAAGGCAAAAAUCACUUAAUUCCUGAAAUAAACAAUGAAACUUUGUAAAUAUAUGACUCAUCUCUAGUUUGUGUAAUGAUUUUUAAUAAUUACUUAGUAAAUUCAUUAUAGAAAACUAUCUUAUGAAUAAAUUACAAAGAAGCUAGGCUUGUUAAUAAAGAAAUUGGAAGGAUGAAUUCAUAUGGCUAUUAAGCUGA